AUGACCUCUAAUAUAGCUGAAUGUAUUAAUGGUUGUUUGGUAGAGGUUAGAGUACUUCCUAUUUUAGGUUUCCUUGAAGAAGUGAGGAUUCUAUUUGCUGCAUGGAAUUGUAAGAACAGUGAAAUUGCAUCUUAUACAAACACAACGCUUAGGAGAAGAUUUCAAGAAAUACUAACUGAUAAUGGGGUUAAAUCGUUGCGGAUGACGGUUAAGGCAGCUAGUAGUUAUCUGUACUGUGUGUAUGAAUCAGGAAGAAGGUACAUUAUUGAUAUUGAGCAUGGCACGUGUAGCUAUGUCGAACUGUACCGUCCAAACACCAUUGUCAAGACGUAUGAACUCCCCAUAAUUCUUAUGCCAGAUAUGAAAGAUUGGAUUAUACCAGAUUUUGUUGAUGCAGAUGAAGUCUUGCCACCCAAAUAUAGAAGACCUCUCGGGAGUUCAAAAAAAGAAAGACAUUUGAAAUCUAGUGAAUCACUUACAAGUUCAAACCAUUGCGGUAAAUGCGAGUGUGCAGGCCAUAACCGUAGGACGUGCGGUUUCUUCCCAAAAGAAAGUUGA